AUGUUAUUAAAAAACUUGAUCUUUACUUUAUUUGCGGCUACCUCAUUUGUUCAAGCUUAUCCAAUUGCUGAUACUGAAUCUGCUGAAGUUGCUGAAGGUGGUGAUGAUGCUAAUGCUGAAUGGUGGCCAUGGAAACCAAAACCAAAACCUUCUCCAUCUCCAAGUCCAAGUCCAUCCCCAAGUCCAUCUCCAUCUCCAUCUCCAAGUCCAUCUCCAAAACCUUCACCAAGCCCAAAACCUUCACCAUCUCCUAAACCAAAACCAAAAUCUACUGAACCAUUUGGAUUAGUUACAAUUGCUUCUGGUUCUGACUUACAAUAUCAAUCUGUUGUUGUUUCUCACGGUGAAUUAUUCUUGAGUGGUAAUUCUGAGGAUCCAUAUAGAUUUGUUGGUCAAUUAUGGGAUGAUGGUUCUUUACAAGUCUUACCAGAUCCUUCCAGAUGGGUUCAACAAUCUUCUCAAGGUGGAUUGUUCUUGAGUGUCAAUGAAACCAGUGGUGAUUUUGUCAUUAGUGAUAAGAAGGAUCCUUCAUUCUCUAUUAAAGAUGGUCAUUUGUUGUAUAAAGGUAAAGAUGGUGUUGUUGCCACUCCUGAUGAUCGUUAUGGAUAUACAAACACAAUUAAGGCUAAAUCUGAUGAUAAAAAGGCUAAAUAUGUUGUUUUGAGAACUGUUGGUAAAGAUGGUGAUACCAUUGAUGACUUUCCUCCAUCAAAAUCAGCUUAG